AUGAAACGCCGUGACGCGUCUCGUCUGGCGGCUCACAAUUGCAAAUUCAGACUGAGCGAAGCUUCGUGCAGUCUCUGUGCCACCCAGACCGAAUUAGUCGCAUCUAAGACCAGCGAGGGCACAAGCAGGCUCGGAGUCAGCGCGCAGACUAGCACUGCAUCAGGCCAAGCAUCUCCGCACAGGACGCUCGUGGAAUCCCGCUCGAGCCCAAAGCGUUGCUUAUCAGGGUCACACGACGGCGAACUCCCAAAACACACCACAUCGAUAAGCCUACACUCGCUAGUCGGCUCGUGCCAUCAUCCUAGCUACUCAGUUCGAUCAACCCAGCGACUGAGGACAAGAUGGGAGCGUCGGGGAUUGUGGCGGCUGCAAGAAAGCGUUUUGUGCUCGCCACCGGUUGCCGGAGGAUCACCAAUGUCCAAACUUGGCCACGCUGCGGUCCGGACUCAAAGACCGCAAUACGGCCCAGCUCAUCCAGCAAUCGACGCCAGAAGUCAAGAUGGUCUCUUGAUGUCGUCGGACAAUCUCACACCAUACCCAUGUCGCCGCAAGGUCAGACGCAACCCCAUUAAUCCCGCAAAGACCCGCCCAGCUACACGCUGUCGAAGCCAUUUCCAGAGGCAGAGAUAGAUCUAGAUGCUCCCUGUGUCCAUGUACAUCCGCGUGUUCAUUGUACGAUCAGAUCAGACGACUGCC